AUGGACCGUGCUAACCACACCUGGACCCACACCUUCAUCCUUGCUGGUUUCAGCCCCACUGGCACUCUGCGACCUCUUACCUUCAUGGGGAUCCUGUGCAUCUAUCUCCUCACACUUGCAGGGAACUUGUUCAUCAUUGUCCUUGUUCAAGCAGAUUCGGGGCUGUCCACUCCCAUGUACUUCUUUAUCAGUGUCCUCUCCUUCCUGGAACUCUGGUAUGUCAGCACCACAGUGCCCACCUUGCUACAUACCCUGCUCCACGGACGUUCACCCAUCCCUUCGACUGCAUGCUUUGUCCAGCUGUAUGUGUUCCAUUCCUUGGGCAUGACUGAGUGCUACCUGUUAGGUGUCAUGGCUCUGGACCGCUACCUGGCCAUUUGUCGUCCGCUCCACUACCAUGCACUCAUGAGUAGACAGGUGCAGCUGUGGCUAGCAGGGGCCACUUGGGUGGCUGGCUUCUCAGCUGCCCUGGUGCCUGCUGGUCUCACUGCCACUUUACCUUACUGUUUGAAAGAGGUGGCCCAUUACUUCUGUGACUUGGCACCACUAAUGCGGUUGGCAUGUAUGGACACAAGCUGGCACGCUCAGGUUCACGGGGCGGUUAUUGGUGUGGCCACUGGAUGCAAUUUUGUCCUCAUCUUGGGACUCUACGGGGGUAUUCUGAAAGCUGUGCUGAAGCUGCCUUCAGCUGCCAGCCGAGCCAAAGCCUUCUCUACUUGUUCGUCCCACAUGACAGUCGUGGCGCUGUUCUAUGCUUCUGCUUUUACUGUAUACGUGGGCUCGCCUCAGAACAGACCCGAGGGCACCGACAAGCUUAUCGCCUUAGUGUAUGCCCUUCUGACUCCAUUCCUCAACCCCAUCAUCUAUUCCCUUCGCAACAAGGAAGUGAAGGAGGCUGUGAAAAGGGUCAGUGACAAGAUCAGGACUAUGUUGAGGGAAGCCUAA